UCAACGCGAACUCGAAGACGCAAGAGCCAAAAGGAGUACGAGCACGUCUACUCAACUUACUUUCUUUGACUUCGUUGUCGUUUUAACGUCAAAAACAGCCGAAAUGAAAGUUGUGGGACCUACCUGCACACUGAAGAGCAAAGUUGGAGGCGAAGAUGUGGUCCGGUGUCUCUCCGACCAGAGCCUGACCAUCUCCAAAUGCAAGAUUCCGCUCCUGGAUGAGCAGAUGUCCAUGUUUCUGCAGGACAUGAACAGCUGCUACAGCAAACUGAAAGAGCUGGUGCCCACGCUACCGACAAACAAAAAGGCCAGCAAGGUGGAGAUCCUGCAGCACGUUAUCGACUACAUCUGGGACUUGCAGAUUGAGUUGGACGAGCCUGGCAAGAAGAACCAGAACUCCGCUCCCCGCACUCCCCUAACGACUAUGAACUCGGAACUGGCCAGCAUCUCGGUUGAGAAUGGCUGCUCCGAUGACCGAAUCAUGUGCCGUUAAAUGUUGAUGCUUCGGGUUUACUCCACUGACACGGACAGCAUCCCGUGUGCUGAGGUGAUGGACCAGAACCGUCGUGACGCCUUGAACCGUGUUGGGAGAAUCCGUUCUCCCGUUAUAGAGGAACGGCUCCUCAGGAGAGUCACAACAUGGACAUGCAAAGUGAACUGUGACUUGCUCUCUGAUAGACUGAUGUGUGUUAGCCGUGGAAUCCAUGGCGAUUAUUCACUUCAUGUUCAUACACUUGCCUUUCGGUCAAAGUUUCUCCAAUGUUUUCAUAACUUUUCGAAAAUGUUUUACUGUGUUGUAAAGAGUUUUCUCAGAUUACUGAGCGAAAUAAUGUAUUGUAUAUUACAAUGACACGAUGUGAACGCUUUAUUGUGUAUCUUUUUUAUUAUUAAAACGAGAAAAUAAGACAUUUACGACUCUGUCAGUACU